AGAUAUGUCUUCCUACUGUGUAGUAUUCAGUUUUUAUUAUGCGCAGCCAAAUUGAGUCUGCACUCGCACUAUUCGAAUGGCGAAAAAACUGCGCAGAACAGAAUGUUUUACGUAAACAGUGCGUCGUGCAAAAUGCCUCAAAUGGAUCCUUUUUCCGCAGACAUUAUGAAAUUCUUUAAGCGAAAACAAUUUAGGCAGUGUAGCACUGAUAGAGAUUUGCUAAUAAGUGAGUUCGAUGCGGAUCUGCGACAAUACAGGAUCAAAAUCGAUGAUAACGCCGCUGAGCAGCUUUUAAAAAAGUUCGGUAAUGCAACACUCAAGUGCAAAUAUCAGGUGAUAGGCCGCAAAAAGAAAUCUUCAUUUCCGGAUAAAGAUUUUAGUCUUUCCAGUCCUCAACCCAUAAGUCAAUCGUUUCUGGUACCCAAGACAAUAGACUUCAUCCUUACCCAAUGCCACGCCGUAAAUGGAAAAGCUCAAUUGAAACUUCUCCAAAAGGACGCCUUUCUGUUUGUGCAGGAUCGCCUGAAGAAACCAGAGGAUCCUCCCCCAGAUCUGGAGUCCAAGCCGAAUGUGAUCAUCCUGGGCAUAGACUCCACAUCCCGCAUGAACCUGAGACGCUCUAUGCCCAAGGUGCAUAAAUUCUUGCAGGGAUCGGGAUGGUUUGAAAUGCAGGGAUACAAUAAGGUCGGUGAAAAUGCCCUGCCCAAUCUUUUGGCUUUGCUCACUGGAAAUGCCGAGGAAAAAGCUCAAUUGAAUGGUCAACUCAGGCGCGGCGGAUUUAUUGACAAACUGAAGUACAUUUGGCAGCUGUUUAAGAAGAACGGCUACAUGACAGCUUUCGGAGAAGACGGCGGCAAGAUCAGCACAUUUAACAACCGCAAUCCAGGUUUCAAGAAGCAGCCAGUGGAUUACUACCUUAGAAACUUUGUUGUGGCUUUGGAAAGUAUUUUAAAGACCAGGCGCGAAUUUGGCAAUGCCUUCUGCCUUGGACGCAGGUUGGGUUUCAAAUACCUGUUUGACUUUGCCAGGCAGUUUAUGCAACGCUUUCAGAACGCAGCACCCGUUUUUGGAAUCUUUCGGAGCAGUAGUUUCACCCACCAGGAUUUCCUAGGAGCCACUGCCUUGGAUCAGGUGCUCUUGGACUCCCUCUUGUUGUACGAGAAACUUGGCUUUUUCAAUAGUUCAAUAGUAAUGCUGCUAAGUAAUCAUGGCUAUAGAAACGGUGUAACGCGACAGCGUUCAAAAUCGGGUUAUCUGGAAGAACGUCUGCCCGUAAUGUUCAUGCAUGUGCCAUCCUGGUUCAGGAAGAGAUACCCCCAGUAUGUGGCAAGCCUAAAGGUCAACCAGAAUCGGCUGUCCUCAAGCUUCGACCUUUACAUGACCCUGCACCAUCUGCUCCAGCUAAAUGCCACUUCUAUGGCGGAUUUCCGGCCAAAGCUCCAGGCAUCACAGUGUAAACUGUGCCAAUCCCUGUUCUUCCAACUUCCGCUUGACAGGAAUUGUUCCCAUGCGGGAAUCCGUGAAAAGUGGUGUUCCUGCGAACCCACCGAAACGGUGACCAACCAAAUUCUCAUUAAGAAAGUGGCCCGCGAGGUGGUGCGUCAUAUGAACGAGCAUUUGCGGUAUAGAAAUCUUACGAAGCUUUGCCAGAGUUAUACUUUAAAGAAGGUCCUCUACAUGGAUCGCAGACUCGCACUUACCGAUGACUCGCUGGAGGACGAGCAGCUGCACACCUACCAAAUCACUUUCGACACUAAUCCGAGUUCGGCGCAUUUCGAGGCCACUGUACAGUGGAACACGGAAAAGGAAACCUUGGCUAUGAAUGCGGACGAGCUGAGUCGAUUGGAGUCCUGCGAGAAGUACAGCAAGUGCACAAAAGACCCAAUGAUCAAGAAGUAUUGUAUAUGCAAGCCUGUUAAAUAAAUAGUUUAAGCGUUUUCUAUAA